UUUGAUCUUAUUCGAUUAUCAUUAUCAGAAAGAGUUUUAAUCAAACUAAGAGGUGAUCGAGAGGUAACAGGAACUUUACACGCUUACGAUGGUCAUAUGAAUAUGGUACUUUCAGAUGUCACCGAAAGUAUUACGAUUGUAGAAGUACCUGAAAGUCCAAAUCAAGAACCUACAAUACGUAUUGUUAAAAGGAAUUGUGAAAUGUUGUUUGUAAGAGGUGAUGGUGUAGUUUUGGUAAUUGAUUUUUUCGCUCAAUUGAGUUCAGUUCAACGAUCAUUUCAAUUCUAA